UUUCCUGCCGGCUGCGCUAUGGCGGCCACCACGAGCUGCGGCCGCGCCGCGCUGGGCGCGCUGUCCCGGGAUGGCGGCGGGGCCGCGGCGCGGUGGCGGCGGCUCCUGCCCCCGAGCCGCUCCGCCCUGCCCUGGGUGUGUGCCCGCGGUGCCGCGGCUGGGCCUAAGCCCGGGCCUGGGCGGGCCGUGACGGUGGAGGUGGGCGGCAGAAAGAUGGAGCUGUCUUCUGGAAAACUUGCAAAGUUUGCAGAUGGAUCUGCUGUUGUUCAGCUAGGUGACACAGCAGUGAUGGUCACAGCAGUCAGCAAAACCAAGCCCUCUCCAUCUCAGUUUAUGCCAUUAGUGGUUGACUACAGGCAGAAAGCUGCUGCAGCAGGAAGAAUUCCUACAAACUAUCUAAGAAGAGAGCUUGGUUCCACUGAUAAAGAAAUUCUUACAAGUAGGGUAAUAGAUCGCUCGAUCAGACCACUCUUCCCAGCAGGCUACUUUUAUGAUACACAGAUCCUUUGUAAUCUUUUAGCAGUAGAUGGUGUCAAUGAUCCUGAUAUUCUGGCAAUUAAUGGAGCUUCUGCAGCACUUGCCUUGUCUGAUAUCCCCUGGAAUGGUCCUAUUGGUGCAGUGAGGGUAGGGCUGGUGGAUGGGGAGACUGUUAUCAAUCCAACUCGGAAAGAGCUGGCCUCUAGUGCUCUCAAUUUAGUUGUUGCUGGAGCUCCACAAAAUCAAGUUGUUAUGUUGGAAGCAACUGCUGAGAACAUCUUGCAGCAAGAUUUCUGCCAUGCCAUCAAAGUGGGGGUGAAGCAGACCCAGCACAUCAUCCAGGGCAUUCAGCAGCUGGUGAAGGAGCGGGGUGUGGUCAAGAGAACUGUCCAGAAAUUAUUUCUUGCUCCUGAAGAGAUUGUGGAACUUGCAAAGAAACUUGCUUCUAACAAGAUCUAUGCAGUGUUCACAGAUUCAAGCCAUGAUAAAAUUUCAAGAGAUGAGGCAAUCAACAAAAUAAGGCUUGAAACAGAAGAACAGCUGAAAGAAAAGUUUCCGGAGGCUGAGCCUUACGAAAUCAUGGAAUCUUUCAAUGUGGUUUCAAAGGAUAUUUUUAGAAAUCUUGUGCUAAAUGAAUAUAGAAGGUGUGAUGGGAGAGAUUUGACUUCCCUCAGAGACAUUAAAUGUGAAGUGAACAUGUUCAAAAUGCUUCAUGGAUCAGCCUUGUUUCAAAGAGGUCAAACACAGGUUCUGUGCACAGUUACAUUUGACUCUCUAGAAUCCAGUGUAAAAUCCGAUGUUAUCUCCACAGCAGUGAGUGGAAUUAAAGACAAAAACUUCAUGCUGCAUUAUGAGUUUCCACCUUAUGCAACCAAUGAGAUUGGCAAAGUUACUGGGCUGAACAGAAGAGAGCUUGGACAUGGUGCACUGGCAGAACGAGCUUUGAAACCAGUUAUACCCCAGGAUUUCCCAUUCACAAUCCGAGUUACUUCUGAAGUCUUAGAAUCCAAUGGGUCUUCCUCAAUGGCUUCUGCAUGCGGUGGAAGUUUAGCAUUAAUGGAUGCAGGAGUUCCAGUGUCAAAUGCAGUGGCAGGUGUAGCCAUAGGCCUCGUUACCAAGUGCAGUCAGGGCAAGGGGGAUAUCGAGGACUAUCGUUUGCUGACAGACAUCCUGGGCAUUGAAGAUUACUAUGGAGAUAUGGAUUUCAAGAUGGCAGGCACCAACAAAGGGAUAACAGCGCUGCAGGUUGAUCUAAAGCUGCCAGGAAUACCAAUAAAAAUUGUGGUGGAAGCUAUUCAGCAAGCUACAGCUGCAAAGAGGGAGAUUUUACAAAUUAUGAACCAAACACUGGCAAAACCCAGACCUAACAGAAAAGAGAGUGGACCAGUUGUAGAAACUAUCCACGUUCCAUUAUCAAAAAGAUUAAGAUUCGUUGGUCCUGGGGCUUACAAUUUGAAAAAACUUCAAGCACAGACUGGUGUGACUGUGAGUCAGCUGGAUGAGGAGACAUACUCUGUGUUUGCCCCCACGCCAGGGGCAAUGCACGAAGCCAGGGAAUUCAUUGGGGAGAUCUGCAAGGAUGAUCAAGAAGUGAAUUUGGAAUUUGGGGCAAUUUAUACAGCCACAAUUACUGAAAUAAGAGAUUCUGGAGUGAUGGUAAAAUUGUACCCAAACAUGACCCCAGUAUUACUUCAUAAUUCACAGCUGGAUCAAAGAAAGAUUAAACACCCUAGUGCCCUGGGAUUAGAAGUUGGACAAGAAAUUCAGGUUAAAUACUUUGGCCGUGAUCCCACUGAUGGCAGAAUGAGGCUUUCCCGUAAAAUCCUGCAGUCCCCAGCCAGCAGCACCCUGAAAACCCUGACAGAAAAAAACAGCAUUGUCCUGGGAGGGGCUGUUCCACAGACAUCCACCUCAUCCCAGUGACAGGAAAAAAGGUGUGAUAGUUGGUGAAAGCACAAGUGACCUUUGCUAGAACCUUCUCAAGAAGCUGCAGGUGGAUGGUAGUGAAUCAUAUUUAUAAAAUAGACACUAUGCUUAAAGGUGAUGUAGAACUUCAAAUUGAUUAAAAAGCCUUCAAAUUGAUUAAAAACUUCAAAAUAAAACCAGGAACAAGCAAUGCCCUCAUCUUGUGUAGCAAGGCUGAGAUGGGAAUACAAGAACAUGGAAUUCUGUGGACUGAGAAGAUAUUUCAGUGCUAAAGGUUAUUCUCUUUUGAGUUAUCCACUCAAAAUAAAACUGUGAAUAUGAAAAGUAAGA